AGUGCAGCGCGGCGGGGCCGGAUCCGCCACAUCCCGCCGCGAUCUGGUCCGACGACAGAGAAAGUCGGCCAGCGAUAGGCGAAAUGUUGCCGGCGAGGACGGGGUUGGUCUCAGUGAGUGUCUGCGCUCGUCCCGGGGAGCAGCCGGAGCUCUGCGUGAGCCGAGAGGAGCGAGAUGAGGGUGCUCGCCUGGGCUACCCUGCUGGCGGUGGCCGCCGCCGAGCGGGCCGCGCAGGGGCGGGACGACUCGCUACCGCUGGGAGACCACGCCGUCAGCUACGGCGGUCCCGGCAUCUACGGCACCUACCCGGGCGACGGCGCCGCCUACGAGACCGACCACUACGUCGCCAACGACGGCGGCUACCAGUUCUCGGAGAGCGCCGCCGGCUACAAGGGCGGCUACCAGCCCGUCAACUACGGCGACAACAACGGCGGCUACGGCGGCGACGAGUACAGCCCCUACUACGAGAACUACCACUACGAGUACGGCAUCGACAUCCCGCCCCUGAAGGCGCUCAAAAAGGGCAUCAAGUACGGACUGAAGAAGGGCCUCAUCCUGUGGGCCAAGGGCAAGACGGGCUUCCAGGGGCCGUACGGCUCCGAGGGCUACCACCAGUCGGGCGGGAAGGGAGGCUCCCUGUCCAACCAAUACGAGGCGCCGCACGAGGUCAGCUACGGCCACGGCUACGACUAUCCGGAGGCGUACGACCACCGGCGCACCGGACUGUUCCGCAGCCUGUUCAAGGAGGAGGGCACCUACGAGGAGCCCGAGAAGGUGCCAGAGUACAAGGGCAACGGCCAGACGUACGCCAAACAGCACCCGAGCCGCCGGCCGCGCAGCCACGGGUACGCCGACAGCUACGGCCACGAGCCCGAGCACGGCGGCCAGUACCACGGCCCUCCGGCGGGGUACGGACACGGCGGCGGUCACGGUAAAGGCGGUCACGGUAAAGGCGGUCACGGUAAAGGCGCUCACGGCGGUGGAUAUGGCGGCCAUGGCGGUCACGAGAAGGGUCACGGAGGUCACGAAAAGGGACACGGAGGUCACGGCGGCUAUGGCGGGUACGAAGAGGUCGGGUACGGCGGCCAUCACGGAGGUCACGGAAAGGGUCACGGAGGUCACGGAAAGGGUCACGGAGGUCACGGCGGGUACGACGACUUCGAGGAGAGUUACGGUGGGCACCAUGCUGGACACCACGGCGGAUACGGCGGCGGGCACCACGGCGGAUACGGCGGCGGACCCCACGGCGGGUACGGCGGACCCCACGGCGGGUACGGUGAAUCGUACGCAUACGAUGAGUACUACGGUGACAUCGACCCCUUCUACUACAACUACCAAAAGGGCAAAGGCAAGGGCAAGGGCCACCAUGGCGGCAAAGGAAAAGGCAAGGGCAAAGGCUACUUCGCUAGCUUCAUGGACAUGUUCGCGUACAAGCCAAAGUACAAAUACUUCCCGGUGUGGAUCCCUAAGUUCAAGUUCUUCGUGCGCAAGGUGCCGAUCCCGGUGCCCAAGCCGUACCACGUGCACGUGCCAGUGAAGGUGGCCAAGCCGGUGCCGGUGGCCAAGCCGUACCCGGUCGCCAAGCCCAUCCACAUCCCCGUACCGGUCCGCUACGAGGUCCCCAUAUUCAAGGUCAACAAGGGCUACGGCAAGGGCAAAGGCCACGGUAAGGGUCACGGCAAAGGUCACGGCAAAGGUCACGGCCACGGCUACGGAUACGAGGAUGACUACGGACACGGCCACCACUUCAAGGGUCACCACGGCAAGGGCCGCCACAAGGGCGCCGUGUUCGGGUACGGGCCGCCGCGCCAGGUGGACACCCACGGCUACGGACCGCCCAAGUCCUACUUCGGACAGUUCCACGGCGGGUUUGAGGGGGUGCAUGGAUCCUCCUUCCACCCGCCGGCGGCAGCGGGGAAGGGGCACGGCGCCGGCGCGGCCCCUCACGACGCCCCGGCCGCUGCCGACGCUCCGGCCGCCGCCGACGCCCACGGCCGCUCCUCCACCCUGAGGAGGCGCAGUGGCGCGGCUCCGAGACCGGCCGCGACCGCCCCGAGACCGGCCGCGACCGCCGGCUCUCCUCAGCGGACCAGCGCAGCGAGCCGGGCCGCAGGAGACAGAGCGCCGCCGACGCAGCAGCAGCAGCAGCAGCAGCGGCAACAACAGCAACAACAGCAACAGCAGCAGCAGCGGCAACAACAACAACAACAACAACAACAACAACAACAACAACAACAGCAACAGCAGCAGCGGCAGCAGCAGCAGCAGCAGCAGCAGCAGCAGCAGCAGCAGCAGCAGCAGCAGCAGCAGCAGCAGCAGCAGCAGCAGCAGCAGCAGCAGCAGCAGCAGCAGCGGCAGCAGCAGCAGCAGCAGCAGCGGCAACAACAACAACAACAACAACAGCAGCAGUCAGAUUCCAGUCGAGUUGUGGCGCUGACCAGGUCCUCCCCGUUAUGAGCCGACGUUCAGCGUCCUUAGAACGAUGGGGCCGGGUGCAGGUGCAACUCGCUGCCCGCGUCAGCGAAUUUAGGAUGUAGAGAAAUGUCCCAGGAGGUGAGUUCAGCUCAGUGGACAGGUUUGCUCAAGUUGCACAGAGGGCGCACCAAGCAGCUAGCUAACCACAUGCCAAACUGAGGUGCCCGCCGGCGCGGCGGGACGCCAAACGCCCAGCUGGGGUGCCCGUCGCUGAGUGCCACGGCCGACCGCCGAUGUGGCAGACCUCUGUGGCGCCACCGUGCGUCCUGUCCCUCCAGACGGACACGACACACGGGGCGCAGAGGGCGGGUCAGCCACCGGCGCGGCACGCCCGCCCCUGGGACGGCCCGUCGGCUCCGGGGGUGUGGUGUCGCCUGCCGGGGCCGCGCGAGAAGCAUCACUGCAGCGCGAGGCAGUCGCGGUAUAUCUCACCUGAAUGAGACUCAAAUAUGGUGCCGUCUUCACUCCCCAGCCACCUCUUACCGAGUGCCACACUGCCCGGUGACCUCUUUGCACGAACAGGGCUCGCCUCACUGCGUGGUUAGCCUUUCUUCUGCAAAAACAGACUGGCAACACCGUUCCGUAGUUUUCAUCCUCAGGACCUUCAAAUCCUUCUCCUCCACCCUUCAGCCCCCUGUUCUCAACAAAACAAACAGACAAACAAGCAGAGACUGGCUCUCAAAAGCUAUCUGUCGGCCACUCAAAAUUCAUAACGCAAAGACGCACGAUGCUGAACACCUAUAACAAAAUUAAGCUCAUCAUCUACAUAUAUUAUAAUUUGUCUAAAUUUACACUUAUUUGACAGCAAUAGAUAACAGUUUGUUUUGACGAUAGCUCCAAGUGAAAGUAUGAAGUGUUGCGCCUCCAUGGGUGGAGACUUCCACUGGCGUCCAACUGGCAUCUAACUGAUUACUGAGCAGACGUCCAAGUUGGCGUCCAAGUUGGCGUCUAACUCUUGGACGGAGACUUCCAAGCUAGACGUGUCUAAAGUUAGCAGUCACCAAAUAGACGCAGCCGCCGUCCAGCUAGACGCGUCUAGGACUUAGACGCGUCCAGCUAGACGCGAAAUGGAAGCCUCCACGAUACAUUAGUCUCAGAGCUAUUCUCGGUGCUGUCGAAGAAUAAAUCCUAGCCACGGGGUGAGACGAGGGCUGUACUUCGUGGUGAACAGGGACCUAGCCGGUGCGCGCAGAGUAAGAUUUCAUCAAAAUAAUUAAUAACCGUUUUCACAGUGACAUGCAAGUGGACACGGUUGACCUGCGUGAAAAUAGCUACAAUUACAACUUUUAUUAUUCAUUAAAACAAGAGCAAAAACUACAGUGCUAAGUUUAGAUUAUUAUGAAAAACAAAGACAAAAACAACUUAUGCCAAAUCUGGAACAGCUACAACAUUAGUGAGGAAUAAUGAAGCCGUCAAAAUACCACAGUCAUUAUGCACUAAUACAUAUGUAUAAUAUCGGCAGUGGUUUGGUAUUGGUACACCAAAAAGCUAGUUUUAUGCUGACGUUGAAUAGACAUGUUAAGGUCACUUCAUCUGAAUCAAAAUUUUCUUAACAGAUCAAGCACAAACAGACGCAGAGAAAUGAGUGUACUAGUCCGGAUACUACAUAGUUUAGAAAUGUUGUAGGUAUGUGGAGGCGCUAGGUACGUCACAAUGUCUCGCUGUGGAUACAUCUGUAUCGUUUUUGAUUCGACAUUGCCUGUUAAUCUUGCGCGACUUUGUUGACGUUUUGUUGUCGCGCCAAUUAGGGGCAAGUCCUUUUGUUAUGGUGUUAGUGUUCUAAGUAAUUGUAUUGAAAUAAACGUUUAUGUAAAA